AUGAGUCAAGAGGAGUCAGAGGGGUACGAUAACGAUCCAGGACCAUUACCUCGCGCGCCGCAGCGGCAUAUAGACUACGGCGCCUCGCCAAAUGAUGCGUCCUAUUCGCCAUGGAGUAGCUACUCGGCUUCUCCUAGUCUUAUGGGAGCCACAUCGCAGAAGUCGACUCCGUUUUAUACACCAUUAGGCUCUGUCAAUGCCUCGCCAUCCGUUCAAGCUUCGCCAUGGAGCAACUACUCGGCUUCUCCUGCUUUCAUGGUAACAACAUCACAACAGGCAUCACCUGAGUAUAUGCCUUUGGGCUCUGUCGGGGCCUCUCCGUACACCAACUGGAGUGCAUCACCAGGGAUGAUGAUAACUACAUCCCAACAGGCUUCUCCGGCGGUGCCCUUUAAUUAUCGCCUUGAAGCUCUCCCUCGAAACCCUGCGACAUUUGCCACUUCGCACCUUGGUCUACACACAGGCCCUUCCUCUGCUAACCCAUUAUCUCCUCGACCUGUCUCAAAACCUCUCCCAGGAUUGACUGUUUUAGACGAAUCUCCGGUGUUGUCACUACACGAGAAUGGUGUCGAAGGCUUCAACUUACUGGACACCAACUAUUUGGUGCCAGACAGACAGAUCGUUCACCUCUUCAAUGUUUUUCUCAACGGCUCAUCCCACGUUAAUAAUCUACCUCAAAGCAUUCUUCAGCGAAUAUUCGACUUUUAUGCAGAAAAUCUGCGGCGGGACACCAGUCGUUCCCCAUUUGCAACCCCUGAAACACUGCUUCAAGUAUGCAGAUACUGGAAAUGCACAGCUGAGUGCUACGAGAGUAUAUGGGCCAAGGUUUAUAUCACGCUUGUCAAUGCUCACGAUGUCAACAAGUGGAUGGCACGGAUUCGAAGAUACUGUAUUCGCGCCCGAUUUCUAACAGAUAUCAGUAUCCAAGGCCAACAAUACAUCGUCUCACCCAAGUCAAAAUGUGGUUUUGACGAUAACCAUCACUUCAAUGGAGGCGUUCUGGCCUAUCUAGGGGGUGUGGCUCUCUUGAUGACGGAGCUCAAUGGGGUGGUCUCACGUUGUAGGUAUAGGAGCUUUCGACUAUCCAUGCCACCCAACUUUGUCACAUUCAUGAGUCACCUCAAUGGCAACGCACGCGCUUUAGCUAACUCGCUUCUCAACACGAUAUUUAACCUUGACCUGCGAUUCCUCGAAUCACUCGAGUUGGAACAUGUCGGGUGGACCAGAUCUACAAGGCCUACCUUUAACUACUCCCAAAUUCCACCAAUAUUCCAAACGCGUAACAACUCACUCAAGACAAUUCUUCUAUCCGAUUGCUUUCUCCCAAGCCUCCCGGGUCUUGGCAAAGCACACGAGGUCCAUCUCGAAGAUUGCUUUCAGUGGGAUUUCCAACAGGAAGAAUGGGUGCCAGUGGGUCAGCUAAAGCACUCAAAUGACAUUAUAGAGGCGGAAAUGUGGGCAGAUCUACAGACUCUCACCAUUGGUCCGCUCACCACGCGCAUCAUCCCUCUCUGCCUGCCAUCCCUCCAUACACUCGAACUCAUAACGCGGUGGGAUGACGGGUCGACGGCACUCUCUGCUAUAUCCAACCUCUCAUUAGAGAGCCUACACAGACUCGUUAUAUUGGAUCUGAGCUUUCCGUAUGCUCAACUACGUGAACCGACAAAUAUUCUCGAGGACGCUAUUGCCGCACUCUUCGCAAACGCGAAGAAAAUCCAAGUCAUCGAAGCCCCCAGUACUGUCCUUUUCGCUAUCCUGUGGUUUUUAUUCGAGCAAUCCUCUUCUUCUUUGCCAUUCAUCAACAAGCCCACAUAUCUCACUUUGUUUCAGCUCCAGAGCGAGCCAAAAGCAGACUACGGGCACGACAAAAAUAUGUACCCAUUCUCAACUGGUGGUAGGAAGCGCGUAUGUACGCUGCAAAUAUCGCUCACAGGUAACGAAAGCGCAGAGCAGCUCAAUUAUAUCGCGAUUCAGCACUUUGGUCAUUCACUGGGAUCUCGGCAAAACUAG